CUGGAGUUCAUUUCAGAGUUCAGACUUCAGAGACAAAAACGAAACGCAAGAUUUUUUUUUUUUUUUUUUAAGAUGACGACGAAGGAUGAAGGAGCCGUGGAUUGAAGAUCAACACAGGUAUUUCAUACUAUUCUCCUCUUUUUGUCAUUAUGGUUUUCUGUAUCUACUGGAUCUUUUUUUUUAGGGUUUUAAGAAAGAAUUCCCGUUAGUGUUAUCAUUUCCAUUUUUUGAUUUUUUUGUUGUGGUUUGAGUAUUUUUUUGAGUAAUGGGUUUUAAUUGGAUUUCGGUAAUUUGGGGCUCAGUUUGAGUAUUUGUGGUUAUGGGGGAUUUGUGGUGUUUAUCAUCUGUUUGUUUUAUUGUUACAAUGAAGUUGUAGGCCUGCUGCUACUCCUCCGAAAUUUCGUUUCUCUUUUUUCUGGGUUUCAAUCAUUUUUAAGCUUGGAUGGAUUUAUUUUGCGAAAGACAGUUUACUAGUGACUUAAUCAGCAAAAACAUUUUAGAAGGUUAAUUUGGUCAUACCAUUGACAAGAUUCUAGACAUGACUGUCCAUCUGCAGAAUUAAAUUUCUUGGCUGUAGGACUCAUGUGCAAUACUAUGUUCGUCUACGGGGCAUUCUUUAUUAGAUUGGGUCCUCAAUUUUUAGUUAUCGACAAUGUUCAGAUUUCAGUAAUUCAGGAUAACUGAAAUAUGUUAACCUGAUAAUUUUAAUUGGUUCUUAUGAGGCAGGAAAGAGACCUAACAACUGUUACUUCAUGUCUCAUAGCAUUCAUGUAGAUACUUAAGCUGAAAUGUCCUAGUUUAUAACUAAUGAAUUCACUGAAUAUAUACAUUGGUGUAAUCAAAUUGAUCUCUUUAUAGUCUUUAUAAGUAAUUGAAUAGAGCACAUGCAAUUUCCCAGUACAUUUGGUCACUGACUAUGCAGUAUGCUUUUAGAAUGGCUGAGAUGUGUAGUAGCAGUAGCACUCUGCGUCAAUAACUAUUCUAGGAAGCAGACUCUUUGAGCUAUAACGUCUCAUUGGAAACUUGAACUCCUAGGGACGAUACUGUGGGGUGAACUAUUUAGUUUUCUCUUGCAUUUAGCUAAACUUCUUAUUAAAUCAUAACCAAACAACAUAAAUCCGUGCUUAUUGCUUAUGUUUCUUGUAAGACUCUAUGUUUCAAACUGAUAUUCUUGUUCUGUGGAUGGCUAGAAUAAAAACCUGAUAAAAUUAUAUGUAGGUUUAGUAAAAUGAUGGGAUGCGGAUUGUGACUUCUAUGCAUAAAUCAUCGGAUUCUCUGUUUUUCGGUACUCAAAACUAUUAUCCUUUCGUACUUCUAUAUUAUAGAAGAGACUCUUAGUGUCUAUAACGACUGAGUUUGACCGCAAAAGACGAUAAAAAAUAAGACCCAUCCAGAACCCCAGUGCUUUACCCCCCUUAUCUCAAAAGAUCAAGGUUUAGCUGUUAUUUCUCUUAAAAAGCUUUGCUUUUUUUUUUCUCUGUUUUAGAGUUUUUUGAAUCUUUGUAUGUGUAGAUCUGUGAUUUAUGAUCUUUAUUCUUGUUGUUUUUCGUUAGCUUUUUUGUUUUGUUUUGUUUUGUUUUGUUUUGUUUUGUUUUGUUGAUGGCAGAUAUGACGAAUAAGGCAAGGUAUCAUUCUGAGAGCAAAAAGGCUUACAGAAAAAAGUUAAAAAAGAACAAAAGGGAAAAGGCUAAAUUAGAGAAACUUCGAAUUGUAAGGUCUGAUGAGGAAAAGGAGGAGGAGGCUUAUGAAAUCAUUACAUCAGGUCCCACUGUAGAAGAACUUGAGAUUAGUAAACUCGAGCACGAUCCUUCCUCAAACAGUACUUCUACAUCUAUCCCCGAAGAAGAUCUCGAAGAACUGAUGACUUCCAUCAAGAAAGAUCCAUUCUUGAAACCUAUUCUGGAAGAUCAAGUUAUGACGAGGGGUAAGGCAAGGUAUCGCACUGAGAGCAAAAAGGCAUAUAAAAAAAAGCUAAAAAAGAACAAGAGGGAAAAAGCUAAAUUACAGAAACUUCAAACUGUAAGGUCUGAGGAGGAAAAGGAGGAGGAGGCUUAUGAAAUCACUAUAUCAGGUCCAAAUUCACUCAUCCACUUCAUUAGUUGGAACUGUCCUAUCGCAGAAGAAGUUGAGAUUAGUAAACUCGAGCACGACCCUUCCUCAAACAGUACUUGUGCAUCUAUCUCCGAAGAAGAUCUCGAAGAACUGAUGACUUCCAUCAAGAAAGAUCCAUAUUUGAAACCUAUUCUGGAAGAUAUUGAGAUUGGUGGUCCAACUGUAAUGAUGAGGUACUUAAAUGAUCCAGAGGUUUUUCAGAAGUUGGCGCAGGCAAUGGGUUUUGGAGUUUUAGGAGACAAUGUUAGUUCAGUUGAAGAUGAUGCAUCGAAUGCUGAUGCAGAAAGAUUGUAAUUUUUUGUUUCUUUGGUAUUUUUUGACAGGCAGUGCAUGGUAUUUGGUGACUUCUGGAAGCCAUGUCCUAGCCCGUGGGGUUUGGUGUCGUCUGAAUGCCAUCGUCCUAGCCUAGCCUGUUGAAUUUGGUGUCGUCUGAACCCCAUGGUCCUAGCCCUUGGUAUUUGGUGUCGUCUGAGCCCCAUGGUAUUUGGUGUUGUCUGAACCCCAUGGUAUUAACCCGUGGCAUUUGGUGCUGUAUGAAUACUACGGAACGUGAAGUUGUUUCCAUUGGUGCCA